AGGAGGAGGAGUGAGGAGGAGUAAGGAGGAGGAGUGAGGAGCAGCAUGAACGACAUGAAGCUGGCCCUCCUGGGGAGUCAGGGGGCGGGGAAAUCAGCGGUCCUGGUUCGGUUCCUGACCAGACGAUUCAUCGGAGAAUACGCCUCCAACGCCAACUCUCUGUACCAUAAGAGGCUUUCCAUCGACGGCAGGCAGCUCAACCUGGAGGUCUUUGACCCGUGUUCACAGAGCUCGGGGGCCCGGUGCAUCCUGGAGGAGCCGGUGGACUGGGCCGACGGCUUCGUGGUCGUCUACAACAUCAGCGACAGAACGUCCUUCAUCAACGCCAAGAACAUCCUGCAGCAGAUCAGAGAGGCUCGCAUGGACACCUGCAAAGGGGAGGUGGACGUCCCCGUGUGUCUGCUGGGGAACAAGCAGGACCUUUGCCACGCCCGGCAGGUUGGCGAGGACGAGGGCCGCGUGGUGGCUCAGGAGAACCGCUGCAGCUUCCAGGAGGUUUCUGCGGCGGAGAGCUACCAGGACAUCAACCAGCUGUUCACGCAGCUCAUCCGCCAGGUGAUGGAGCACCUGAAGCUCCGCGCCGACCGCCGCCGCUACAGCGGCUCCAAGUCCAUGGCCAAGCUCAUCAACAACGUCUUCGGGAAGAGACGCAAGUCUGUCUGACCGAGCCGGGGACUGGGAGGACUGGGAG